GGAAGAACACAGGAAACGUCGUCGAGAAACUCGUUCCACCUGACAGGCCUGCGGGGAUGUGCGGCACUGCUGCUGGUCUGACACACGAAGCAAUGCGGCUAGGCAGUUACGUGUGAGACAUAUGCACAUACAAUGGAAGGUAGGCCGGGGGAAAGACAACACGAAGAGAGCAGCUUGAAUCAGCUCGGAGGGAGGUUUCUGAAUGGACGCCCUCUGCCUGCGCACACAAGGAGGAUGAUGAUUACUCUCGCGUCAGAGGGCAUGCGCCCGUGCCACAUCUCCAGAAUCCUGAAGGUGUCCAGUGGCUGCGUUAGCAAGAUACUGCACUGGUACCGGCGCACUGGCCUCAUGGGCCCCAAAGCGAUAGGAGGCAGCAGACCACGGCUUCUCACGCCUCACGUUAUCUCUACCAUAGCCUGCUACAAACGCACCAGCCCAUCGUUGUUUGCCUGGGAAAUCCGUGAGAAGCUCUCAGCCGAGCGUGUUUGUAGUGCUGAUAAAGUUCCUAGCGUAUCUUCUAUUAACCGCAUUCUAAAGAAGCUUCAGCAUAAUCAGGACAUGGAAAAAUACACAUGUGAAGGGAUAAUUUGUGAUAAAAUGGAUGAGAAAAGGCAGAAUUCAUUCGCUCCGGGUGAAAUGAAUCAACAGCCAAAUUCCAGCUACCUGCAAAGCACUCAGCAACGCAACAGGACACAUUUCAGCCUAGAACAAUGUGAAAUGUUAGAGAAAGAGUUUCUCCAAGGACAUUAUCCAGACUUGUUUGCAAGAGAAAAACUGUCUACAGACACCAAUUUAUCACAGGACACCAUAAAGGUGUGGUUUUCGAACAGACGUGCAAAGAUGAGACGGGAGAUGAAAGCAGGAGAGAGCUGCUGGCCAUCACAUGGUUUAGCACAUCCUCAUUCUCUGGGAUGCACAACUGUUCCCUUCUCUCCGUCAGUGAACUGGCUCCGUGAGAGAACAGCAUUGCCAGGGACCAGUCAGAUGGAUAGCAGAAGCUCACUGGCUGCUUUUCCAGUGGUCCAGAAUACUGAAACAACCACACUCUCACUGGCUCAUUGCAGCUCAAAUAUGAGAGCAGGCUUCCCAUCGGAUCAUCACUUGAAUGAAGCAAACAUGCUACGCUCUCACCACAGACAGGAGGAAAGCGCAUACAGCCCGUCACAUUUCACUCAAUGGGCCGCUCGUCCUUCAUUUACUGGGCAGUAUCUUUGACUGUGAGGAAUUCAAGAGGACAGAAGACAUAUUUAUAGAGGCAUGUUGUGAGUUAUAGAGACAUCUGAAGCUGAGUUGCCGUGUCUUUGAAACUUUCCCAGGAUAUGAUUUCUGUUUUUUAACAGCAGGGGGCAGCAAAGCAGAAAAAAAGACAUCAUAGGUACAUAUCAAACUGAAAGUUUGUUCAUUAUUUGGUUUUUCAAGCUUUUUCAGUCUUUCACGUUUUUUUCUGGAAAACAGUACUUGAAUAAGGGAGCAACCAAAUGUAAAUUACUGUACCAACCAAAUAAACCUCAUUACAUUUUAUUGUAAUGGCAAAGAAGUCAUUAAACUCAUGAAAAUGUCCAAAUGUCCUC